CUCAUUUUCAAUUCUCAACUGAGUUGUGUUCUGUCUCUUCCGUAGCUUCCGUGAGCCUCUGCUGUCUCCUUUGUCUUCACGGCUGUUGCUUUACUUUUCCAUUCUUACGCUCCCAAUCUCAUCAACCGACUUCAAGAUACGAUUCCUAAAUCUGAUCAGUUGUUAAUUUGCCUUUCAAUUCAAACACUUGAGAAACCUCAAUUUAGGGUUUAAAAUUACUCUAAUUUAGUUCACACUUCAUAGGCCCCUCUUUCAGCUCCAUUCCUGCCUCUUCCUCCGGCUAGGGGCUAAUCAGAGCUCAAUUUCUCCAUUUCUGUUGAUUUUACUAUGGCCGUGUUGUUGGAUGAGAUCGUGCAAUCCGUGGAGCUAUGGCUGAGACUGAGGAGGAGAAAGCCACAACCCUAUGUGGACCCGAAUCUCGACCCGGUUCUGUUGGUACCGGGUAUUGCGGGUUCCAUUUUAAAUGCUGUGGAUGUUGAGACAGGGAAAGAAGAGAGAGUUUGGGUCCGGCUUUUGGGGGCCGAUUACACGUUUAGAACAAAGCUUUGGUCCUAUUUCGAUCCUUCUACUGGUAAAACCAUUACUCUUGAUCCGAAAACGAGAAUUGUGGUUCCUGAGGAUCGAUAUGGAUUGUACGCAAUUGAUAUCUUGGACCCUGACUUGAUAAUUGGCAGAGAAUGCGUUUGCUAUUUCCAUGAUAUGAUUCUUGAACUGCUGAAGUGGGGUUUUGAAGAGGGAAAGACACUAUUUGGAUUUGGGUAUGAUUUUCGGCAAAGUAACAGAUUGCAGGAGACCUUAGAUCGCUUUGCUGCAAAAUUAGAGUCUGUUUAUAAAGCAUCAGGAGAGAAAAAAAUAAAUAUUAUAAGUCAUUCGAUGGGAGGUCUUCUAGUGAAAUGUUUCAUGAGCCUGCAUAGUGAUAUAUUUGAGAAGUAUGUGAAGAACUGGAUUGCUAUUGCUGCACCAUUCCGUGGUGCUCCCGGAUAUAUUGCAUCUGCCCUUCUAAAUGGAAUGUCAUUUGUCGACGGAUGGGAGCAAAAUCUUUUUAUUUCAAAGUGGAGCAUGCAUCAGUUGCUUAUUGAAUGCCCAUCAAUAUAUGAAUUGAUGGCUUGUCCAGAUUUCAAAUGGCAACACCGUCCUCUUUUGGAAUUGUGGAGAGAGAAACAAGGUUGUGACGGAAACCCUGGCGUUAUUCUGGAGUCUUACCCCCCGAUAGAGAGCAUCAAAGUCUUUAAGGAAGCUCUUUUGAGUAAUACGGUCAAUUAUGAUGGCGAGAAUAUCUCUCUUCCUUUCAACUUAGAGAUCUUGAAAUGGACUGAUGAAACACACAAGAUCUUAUCCCGUGCCAAAGUUCCUCCUCAAGUUAAAUUCUAUAACAUAUAUGGAAUAAAUCUUGAAACGCCACACAGUGUUUGCUAUGGAAGUGAGGAUAUACCCGUUACAGAUCUGAAACAACUACGAUAUUUCCAGCCUACAUAUGUAUGCGUAGAUGGUGAUGGAACAGUUCCAGCUGAAUCUGCUAAGGCUGAUGGGCUUAAGGCAGAAGCAAGGGUUGGAGUGCCCGGUGAACACCGGGGAAUUCUUUGUGAGCAUCAUGUGUUUCGAAUUCUCAAGCACUGGCUUAAAGCAGGUGAAAUAGAUCCAUACUACAACCCUUUAAAUGAUUAUGUGAUCCUACCGACUGCAUUUGAAAUGGAAAAGCAUCAAGAGGAAGGCAUACAGGUCACCUCACUCAAAGAAGAAUGGGAAAUUAUUUCAGAAGACCAAGAAAAUAAUAAUGUGGACAACAAUGUUGCUAAAAGAGAGCCUCUAGUAAGCUCCAUAUCUGUUUCUCAGGGAGGAGAAAAUAAUUCUUCUCGGGCAGAGGCUCGUGCCACUGUUAUAAUUCAUCCCCAGACUGAGGGUAAGCAGCAUGUUGAGCUUAAUGCUGUUAGUGUUUCAGUUGACGCCUAAAGCUGGGUUCGAGCAGAAAGAAAUGGAGUGCCAAAUGUUGUACAUGUUUGUAUAUAGGAGCUUUGUCUAAGGUGAUAUGGACUUCUUAACCUUUGUCUGUUACAGAGAACAUUAAUGUUGCUUGUCAUUUCUUAAAAUGGAAAACGUCAUACUCUGUAAAUUAUAUAAGUACGGACGUUUAGCUUUUACUUUGAAUUGUUAGGAUGUAGUGAAAAUUUAUGGUAUCUUGUUCAAUUGGUAAUUGUCCCUUAGAACUUCUACAUGGCAAUGGACAGUGGCAACAAUUUCAGAUUCCGAUGAA